UUCCCUGUUUAUGAGAAACUACGUGAAAAAGCCUGUACUCUCUGUCUCUUCCCUCUUCCUCAUUUCAUUCGCAUAUGUUUCUUUUUCAUCCCUGCUCACCAAGGUCACCUUGGUGCUAAACCCCAGGGAUCCAUGGUCUCUUCCCCUUUGUGUCACCGGCUGUCUUCUGCCUCUUAUCCUCACCCUUUAGCUGCUCCUCCACUGUCUCUUCUCUCAGAGGUCAGGAUUCUGGGUCUGUCUCUGUGGACCCUCAGCUCUCCUCCAAUCCCAAGUCCCCCACAUCCUGGUCGCAUGUCAGGGUUUCAGAGAUGCCUGCCUCCCACUGCCCACACCCAGGGGCCCACCCUCCUUUCCUCUAACCCUCCCACAUUCUCUGGCCCCAUGGAUCUGCAGCAGUUCCUGCUGGCCCUUUUCCAUUUUGUUCCUUACGCUGCACCCCUCUGCUGCCACUCCCUGCGUCCAUGACUCCAGCUCACUUGUCUCUCCUUCACCCAGGUCGCCUGCUCAGUUUGUGCCUCUCUGUGCUCCUGCAGCACCUGAGUGUUUAUUCACCUCUGAACCUCUGCUUUCCCGCCUGAGUAUGCGCAGCUCCGGGCUGCAGUGACUUCAUAUCCUGAGGACUGGAGCCCCAUGGUGAACAGAUGGCUUUCUGUGUUCUGAGAGGGAUACAAGAGUUCUAGAGUUCUAGUCUAGAAAGGACAUCAAACAUUUCUAAAAAGCUAAGUAUGUUGCCAGAAAAAAAAGGAAAGCAGAGCUUUCCCCAGGAAGCUUAGCUCUCGUUUAGAUUUUUCAGGAAAAAACAAUCAAAUUAGAGAAUAAAUAAAGGCACCCAUCCCCCUUUUAAAUGAACACCAGCUUUGAAUAAAACGUUCUGUAAACCCCAAGCAGAACUAAACUAGUACAUUGAACUUAGAUUCAUUUUCACUAAACCACAAAGCAAAUGUUUUCCUAAAAAUCACCCGGUUAACAAAGUCUGUGUAUUUAAGCCAAAAUAAUUUAACUGAACAUACGGGCCACACAUUCGUUUCAGGUGCCUGCUAAUAAGUCAGUCUGGAAAUUCACAGGUGUGCCCAUCCUGCCUUGGCUGCUGAAGUCCAGGUGUCUAGGGCUGACUGAUGCCCAUUAUGCCUCCCCUUCCCCAUCUUUGUCACAGGAUUUGACGCACCAGCUCUCCUAAUGACUCUGUCCACCACAAUGCCAAGCCUGACCCUGGCCCUCCCAUAUGCUGUUCAGCCCAAGCGCGGAGAUUGGCUAUUAACCCUGUAAAUACGCCCCUGACCCCCGGAGGCUGAUGGCUGGCCAGGGAAAGCUGAGCUGCUGACCGCAGACUGGGAGGCAAGAGCCCACUUCCAGCAGCCAGGCUAGUUGUGUCUAAAUCCAUGACUGGGGAGGGGUUAGAGCCUUGAGGAACAAAAUUAUUCUACCGGCUGCUGAUGGCCCUGGGAGGCUGCACUGGCCCAACAGUGGGGCCCCAUCUCAUGGGCCCGCUUCUUCGCCAGGAGAGAAGCCACUCCUGGGUAGGUACUGCCCCACCCAAACCCAGCCAUCUGUAGUGACCCAUCCCAGGUAUGUGGAUGUGGAUUGUCCCACCCAACCCACUCUAUAGUGAGCAAACAAGCCCUCUGGGACAGCGGUCACAGCCUCCCCUGUACCUCUGAACAGCCUGCCAGGCUCCCUACUCUUGGGCCUCCACUGUCCACCAGGGAAAGCCCUGAGCUGAGAGUUGGGGAACCUCAUUUCUCCUGCCCAGGACGCAAUUCUCUUUUGGCAUCAGGGAGGGCUGUGAGGGCUUUCUAGGUCUCAAAAUGAGGAGCUUGAAGAUGCAGCCUGGGAAGUAAGAAGGUGAGACCAGGACAUGGGCCAGCCAGAAGCAGGAGUCCCAGGCCUGGAGGCUCCUGGGAAGGUGGUGGGGAGGGAGCAUCUGUUGGUGGCCUCAGGGCAGCAGCUGCCUGGUGAAUGCUCGUGGAGUGGAUGCUCUGGGAAGGGGGAUGGGUAGUAAGCUUCUCCCCCUCCCCUCUCAAGACGUCACUGGAGUCUGGGGGUGGAGCUGCCUGCUCUAUAAAUCCUGGGGCCAUCAGGCUAAGGUCCUGCAGCCGCCUGAAGGAGCCAUCUCAUCCACAGCUCUUCCUCGAGCAGCCAUGGCCAGUUCCAGGCAAGGCCUCCUCCUGCUCCUGCUGCUGCUGACUGCUCACCCUGGACCCUCAGAGGCUCAGCACUGGUCCCAUGGCUGGUACCCUGGAGGAAGGCGAGCCCUCAGCUCAGCCCAGGAUCCCCAGAAUGCCCUUAGGCCCCCAGGAAGGGCCCUGGGCACUGCAGCAGGCAGCCCAGCCCAGGCUACCUAUGGCCUCCCAAGUGAUGCCCUGGCUCGCCUGGAAGACAGCAUGCCCUGGGAGGGCAGGACCAUGGCGUGGUGGUCCCUUCACAGGAAGCGACAUCUGGCACAGACACUACUGCCCGCAGCCCGAGAGCCCCGCCCCGCCCCACCGUCCUCCAAUAAACUGUGAGGUUCUCCGAA